AAAAUAAAACUACAUAAAAAAACAACAAAAAAAAAACUUUCAGCGCUAAAACAUUUCGUUCCCUCCCCUGCAUUUCCCCAAAUCUCCUCUUCUUCUUCUUCUUCUUCUUCUUCUUCUUCUCUGAUGGCAGAAGUAAUCGAAAGCUACGCAUCCUCCCCGUCGACGGAGCGCGGGAGAGGAAUUCUAAUCUCCGGCGACGCCAAAUCCAACACCAUCCUCUACACCAACGGCCGCUCCGUCAUCAUUAGGUACCUCGACCAGCCCCUCAAAGUCGAUGUCUACGGCGAGCACGGCUACCCUGUCACCGUCGCUCGCUACUCCCCCAACGGCGAGUGGAUCGCGUCUGCCGACACCUCCGGAACCGUGAGGAUCUGGGGCGUCCACAACAACUUCGUCCUCCACAACGAGUUUCGCGUCCUCUCCGGCCGAAUCGACGAUCUACAAUGGUCCCCGGAUCAACUGAGGAUCGUCGUCUCCGGCGAUGGCAAGGGAAAAUCCUUCGUACGUGCCUUCGUGUGGGAUUCGGGAAGCACUGUGGGGGAAUUCGACGGACAUUCGAAGCGAGUGUUGAGUUGUGCGUUCAAGCCGACGCGGCCGUUCAGGAUUGUUAGCUGUGGGGAGGAUUUCGUAGUGAAUUUCUACGAAGGCCCUCCAUUUAAGUUCAUGCACUCUCACAGGCAGCAUUCCAACUUUGUGAAUUGCGUGAGAUUUUCACCAGAUGGAAGCAAGUGCAUUACCGUGAGCUCGGACAAGAAAGGGUUGAUCUACAAUGGCAAGACUGGUGAGAUCAUUGGAGAAUUGUCCCAUGAAGAUGCUCAUACGGGGAGCAUCUAUGCCGUUAGUUGGAGCCCAGAUAGUAAGCGGGUGCUUACUGCUUCGGCCGAUAAGUCUGCUAAAGUAUGGGAGAUUUCUGAGGAUGGGAAAGGAACUGUGGUGAAGACACUGACUUGUCCUAGUUCCGGUGGGGUUGAAGAUAUGUUGGUUGGAUGCCUUUGGAUGAACGAUCAUCUCAUCGUGGUCUCGCUCUCCGGGGCGAUCAACUUGUUCUCUGCAAGUGAUCUUGAGAAAGCUCCAACCUUGUUGUCCGGACACAUGAAGAAUGUCACGGCAUUGACACUCUUGGAAAACGAUGAACAGAAGACGGUUUUGACCAGCAGCUACGAUGGCCACAUUAUCAAAUGGGUUCAGGGUAUUGGUUAUGCUGGUAGAUUGGAGAGAGGGAACAAUUCCCAGAUCAAGUGCUUGGCAGCUGCGAAAGAUCAGAUCAUGACAUCCGGAUUCGAUAACAAGGUGCAUAGAAUGGGUCUACAAGGGAAUGACAACUCUGGUGCAUUUGAGGCUGUUGAUGUCGGUAGCCAGCCGAUGGGCUUAUGCCUCGCCUUGAAUUCGCCUGCGUUGGCUUUGGUCUCGACCGAAUCAACUGCUAUCUUGCUCGGCGGUUUGAAAGUCCUGUCGACCACGAAGCUCGACUUCGUGGCCACAGUGUGUGCAAUAACACCCGACGGAAGCGAAGCCAUCAUUGGUGGAAAGGAUGGGAAGCUGCACAUCUACUCUGUCUCGGGCGAUACACUGACUGAAGAAGCUGUUCUUGAGAAGCACAGAGGUGCCAUCACUGUGAUCCGGUAUUCCCCCGAUGUGUCCAUGUUUGCUUCCGCUGAUUCCAAUCGUGAAGCUGUUGUAUGGGAUCGUUCUUCCAGAGAGGUUAAGCUGAACAACAUGUUGUACCACACUGCACGGAUCAACUGCCUUGCCUGGUCUCCUGGCAGCACGUUUGUGGCUACUGGUUCUCUGGACACAUGUGUGAUCGUUUACGAAAUCGGGCAGCCGGUUGCGAACCGUAUAACCAUAAAACUGGCUCAUCUAGGCGGGGUCUACGGCUUGGCGUUCACCGACGAUUGCACCGUGGUCAGCUCCGGCGAGGAUGCUUUCGUUCGCGUCUGGAGGCUCUCAUCACAAUGAUGAUAUUGACUGCAUUACAUAGCUGCUCUCUGUCUGACUUCCGGUUCUUGUGUUGAUGCUGAGAAGAUGAACAGCGUGAGAAUGCGGUAAAUAAACUGCGGGUUAAGCUUCCACAACAAUGGCGGCUUAUCAUCUUUACCCACGUUAUACAUACAACAGUUUAUAUGUGAGAUCCAAAGGCAUGCUGCUAUACAGUUAGUUACAGAGUGGAAAGUUGAAGGUUUGAUCGAUAUCACGGUGAGAAAUUAUUAGUCACAGGAGAGUUUUUUUUUCUCUCUAUUUUUUUAUUACAAUUCCAUAUUUAGCCUCGCACCUGAUUUAACUUUUAUGUAGUGGAGCUUAAUCGUUGUAUUCUAUUUUGAGAAAUUAUUGGGUACUCUCGGUCUCGGAGUACCUCUGUUUCAUUGUCAUAGGGCA